AUGUUUGUUGCUCCUUGGACACCGAAAGCAUCUUUAGUAAUCCCUGAGAUAAAGACCCUACCAGUGUGGGUAACUCUUAAAAACAUUCCUAGCAUCUUAUACUCUAUCUCUGGCAUAAGUCAUAUUGCCUCGGGUCUAGGUGCUCCUAUGGCAACUCACAAACCUAAUUUAGACCCCAUUUUCAUGGGUGAAGCAAAGAUUUUGGUUGAAGUUGAGCUAAGUAAAGCUUUUCCACCAAGAAUAGCUGCUGAUGAUAAAAACGGUUUUAUUUGGAUGGUUGAUGUGGAAUAUGCAUGGCUGCCUUCUAAAUGUGGUAGAUGUGGUCAGCUUGGACACAAGGUCAAGCGUUGCUUACAACCUGUUAGUGAAUCUCAUACAGUUGUGGAGGAUCAUGAGGUUGAUUCGAAUGCUACCAUUGUGAAUCGGUCGCUGCGUCCAUCACAAUCCCUCAAACUGGUCAAACUAACCCUAUCUCAGUUCAUCUCUCAAGCUCCGAGGUACCUACUUCUUCCACUAUAG